AUGCGCGAAGUCAACUUCAGCAUCCCCAACGCCAACAAGGCCUCGGUUGGCAUCACCACCGCCCUCUACGACCGCCGCGCCCUCGACUGCACAUCGACCCUCCCGCUCAUCAACUCGCUGAACCACCUCGCCUACCUCACCACGUCCUCGGCACGCAUACGCGAUAUUCUCACCGUCGAUGGCGGCAUCGAACGCCUGAUAUGCAUCCUCAAAGAGGGCCGGAGCAAGGACAUGAUGGACAUGUGGAAGUGGAACCUGGCCUUCCAGUGCAUCUUCAACAUCGGCGUGCGUGGCUCUGAGAACGUCAGGACGCGUGUUGUCGAAGCCGACAUGGUGCCUGUCAUCGCAUCCAUUCUCGACAACUACAUCAAGGUCGUCGACAAGAUGAGGGCACGAGCCGAAGCUGAAAUCCACAAGUCUGCACGUCUCGGUGCAUCGAGCCGACACCACUCGUCGCGGACUGGCGAGGUUGCCUCAAGCUCCGGACACCGAGCUGAUCGAACACGACGCAUCAUACCGCCUCCGAUUGAGAUACCACAGCCAGCCGAAUCUCUGGGCGACGCGAACCCCAUUCCUGCAUUCUCACUGAGCUCCCCUCCCGAGCGGACGACAUUUACACGUGGUCGACCUGCCCACCACCAUCACCAUCGCAGCCACGAAGGGCGGCCACAGCUCUUUGGCGCUCCCGGCAACAACACGCGUAAUCUGGGUCAGCCAUUGGUCACCGCAUUACCUUCCAUGGAACCGGCUCCCGAUGCUUUUGCGCUACGGCCGGUGCGAGAUGCUGAUCGACUGCCUUCCAUGCUCCCCGCCCUGCAAGGGGAGAUCACUUCCCAACCAGAGUCACCGACAACCCCGAGCGCCCCACAAGCACGCCAGACAAGCCCAAGAGCGGGGCUGGCCCGAACACGUCGCCGCCCAUCCAUUCGACACCAAUUGUCUGUAUCGGGAGAGUCGGACUUGGAGGCACAACAAGAUGACAUGUCCGCAGAGGCUGCCACAGCGGCUGGUCCGUCUGUAAACGAGCCAAUCGUCGGCAUACAGAAUAAUGAAAUCAACAUGGCUGACAUUGUCGAUAAUGCAGAGAUGCUGGAUGCUGGCAACACACCGGUUCCUAUCGCUGCCCCUUCAGAAGGCACAGAUGAGAACAACGAGACGUUCAACAUUACCCACCGUCCUGCUCUCGAUGGAAGUCUAAUCAACCCCACCAACACACCGCCCAACAACCCAAUCACUGGCUUUUCUCCUAUGCAACCGACUAUCAACGUCGUAAACACCAACCCGCCGCCUCCUUGGCUACCACGAUACCAGCAAGAACGUAAUGCAUCAGCUAGUGUGCUCGCAGCUAUGCCUCGUGACGAAGACGUCCUCAUGUCCCUCCAGCUUCUCGCCUACGUGUCAAAAUACUGCAACCUCCGGACCUACUUCCAGAAAUCCCAUCUCGUACCCAAACUAAAGAUUGCCGAUGAGCUCCUCGACGGCGAAGUCAAAACACCCAAAACAUCCGCAGAAGGAGAGGAGGAAGAAGAACUCGAAGAAUACGAACUCCCAGAUGACUUCAACAUCUUCCCCCUCGUUGAGCAAUUUACCGUCCGACACCACACAUCCGACAUGCAGUACUGGGCUAGCGUUGUUAUGCGCAACCUAUGUCGGAAAGACGACUCGAGGGGUGGUAUCAGGCAAUGCGCAUACUACCAGUGCGGCCGAUGGGAAGAAUAUACCCCCCAAGGCGCAAACACAAACGCACCGUAUACGAUCGAGAGUACCAGAGACGAGCCACGCUCCAGGACUUCAGCUGUAGAGAAUGCGGAGCGACCGAGCAUCGCGCGCCUUACGACCGACGAGUCACCGCGAGUACGAUUCUCGACUGACAUCGAACGCAAUGCACGUAGCAAGGAUGAGAACACACGAGCUGGGAGGGGCGCCGGCGAGAAGCAGAAGCCUGGGAUACCGGAUCUGACGGUGAAUACGCGCGAGGUUUCUCCUCAAGAUCUGGCUCUGGCGCAGGCUGAAGCUGAAGCUUCAUCCUCACGCUCCCCACGCAAUGCCGUCAAUCGAUCACCGCUGUCGCCGACGUCGAGGAACCGCGGAUACUCGCUCCGCAGCGCGCUGUUCCGGAAGAACGUUCACGAUACGACAAAGGAGGAAGAUACACAUAUCGAGCUGGAAGAAGGGAUUGGAAGAUCGCAAUCGCAGGCUAGAAUGGGACAUCAUGCAGAAGUUACCAGCGGCUAUGCUUCGUCGCCUAAGAGCGGAGAUGCCGUCAUCGCCGUCACGCCCGAGCAUUUGGAUUAUGCGAGUUCAGCCUCGGAUAUCUCGAAUAAGAAGCUGGGAGAAGGGCCAAUCGCGCUUCCGGCCUAUGCCUCGUGGAAGAACCGCAAGACGGCGAGUCGGAGAGCGAACUUGGUCAGGGAGAUGAAGGAUGUGGCAGAACAAGCUCGCAAGUUCAUCUUUAGGAUAAAGGACGUGCCGCCUAGCAAAGACGGCCGCCACAUCGCCCUCGACCCUACUCGUCCUUCGACCGACCCUCUCAUCGACGAACGCACUUCCCAGCCCUACACUAGCAACUGGAUCCGAUCCACCCGCUACUCGGCAUGGAACUUUAUCCCGCGGCAGUUGGUCGCGCAGUUUUCCAAACUGGCAAACUUUUAUUUCUUGGUGAUUUCGAUUCUGCAGAUGAUACCCGGGCUGAGUACUACGGGCCAGUUUACGACGAUUGUUCCGUUGCUGUUUUUUGUUACGUUGAGUAUUGCCAAGGAAGGGUAUGACGAUUUGAGACGGUGGAGAGCGGACCAGGAGGAGAAUAAGAGAGAAGCAAAGGUCCUGAGAGCGAGUCGUGCUUCCAAUGUCGCUGCUGCUGUUGGUGGGGCGAAAGACCACUCCGUGGAUGGUGGCAGUGUUGUUUCACCAGAGUCCGAGGGGUUGCGCUGGGAGACGAUCAAGUGGCAGGAUAUCAACGUUGGAGAUGUCAUCAAGCUUGAGAGAAACGACGCUGCGCCUGCUGAUCUGGCGCUUCUCCAUACCAACGGGGAAAACAAUGUCGCGUUUGUUGAGACGAUGGCGCUGGAUGGCGAGACGAAUCUGAAAAGCAAGCAGACGACGGCUUCGAUUUCCAAGACGAUUAUAGACCAGGAAGACGUCCUGAGAACCGAUGCCGAGUUCGUUGUCGAGGAUCCCAACCGCGACUUGUACAGCUUCGAAGGACGCGUCGUGGUCGACGGGAAGCAAGCGCCACUUACGCUCAGCGAGAUCAUCUUCCGAGGUAGCAUCCUGCGAAACACACCAGAUGCGAUUGGCAUGGUCAUUUACUCUGGAGAAGAAUGUCGCAUCCGCAUGAACUCGAACAAGAACCCUAGGAUCAAAGCACCAGCACUCCAAGGCCUGGUCAACCGCAUCGUCAUUCUCAUCGUCGUCUUCGUCAUCGCUUUGUCAAUCUUCAAUGCCGUGGCCUACAAGAUCUGGCAGAGGAACGAAGACGACAUGUGGUAUCUACGUGGCUCCUCUGUCGCAUUUUUUCCCAGCUUCACCUCCUUCAUCAUCAUGUUCAACACUAUGAUUCCUUUGUCUCUCUACGUGAGUCUGGAAAUCGUCAAGUUGGCGCAAAUGUUCUUUCUACAUACGGAUAUUGAUAUGUACGACCCCAUCUCCGAUACGCCGUGUGAACCGCGCACGUCGACCAUUAACGAGGAGUUGGGCCAGAUUAGCUAUGUCUUCUCGGACAAGACGGGCACGCUGACGGAUAACUCGAUGAAGUUCCGUAAGUUGAGUGUAGCGGGCGUGAGCUGGUUGCAUGAUGCAGACUUGAAGGAAGAGGGGAAGAAGAAGUUGAUCCACAAGACGAGGAAGAAGGGGAAGCAGCCCGUGAAAAACAGGAAGAGUAUGAGAUCUGCCAAAGAUGCAGCGGGCGAAGAGCCCGUCGUUGAAACAGUCGAGCAGUUGGAGAGCCCUGGGGAAGGCGGCCCGUCGAAUUGGCGAUCGAGCGCGAAACCAGGAAAGACAUCCCGCGAGCUGCGUACGCAGGAUAUGCUGAGGUAUAUCCAGAGGAAACCUCAUACGCCGUUCUCGAAGAAAGCGAGGAUGUUCCUUCUCUCCCUGGCCUUGUGCCACACUUGUCUGCCUGAGGUUCAGGAGGAUGGUAAGACACACUUCAUGGCUUCGUCUCCAGAUGAACUCGCACUCGUACAAGCAGCACAAGACAUGGGAUUCCUACUUAUCAACCGCGACGUUCACACCAUCACCCUCAAGAUCAUGCCGGCGGGACCCGAUGGCGAGCCAGUCUCAGAGGUCUACGAGAUACUAGACGUUAUCGAGUUCUCGAGCAAACGAAAACGCAUGUCGAUCAUUCUCCGCUUCCCAGAUGGCCGCAUAUGCAUCAUCUGUAAGGGCGCAGACUCCAUCGUCAUGCAGCGGUUGAAGCUAGCUACGCUCGCGAACAAGAAGAUGGUUGAGAUUGAGCGGCGGGCUAAUAUCCGGAAGAGCAUGGAGGCUCAGCAUGCGAUUGCGCGUAUGAGCGAACAUGCUGAGCGGCGGAGUAGUGUGGCUGGUCGUCUGAGCAGCGUUGGUGGCCGAAGGAGUAUGACGCUCGGUCAGGCUGCGAGGGCUAGUUUGAAUCUGGGCCGCCCGUCUUUCGCUCCUAGUGUGGGCAGAGGAGGCUCUGCGUCAGCGAGAGAUGAAGUGGAUCAGUGGCUACGCGAGCGUGAGAAUGACCGCAUGGACAUGUCGUCUCUCGAUGAAGAUACGCCGUACCAGACACCGACACACACACCCCGCCAAUCAGGCCUGGACCGCUUCAGCAUGGCCUUUUCAUCAGCACGCAGCUCGAUGCAGAUUGGCUGGGAAGACAUGGAAGCCAUGGUCGACGAAGGCAUCGCGGGCGACGACACCGCGGUCAUCGAACGCUGUCUCCAGCACAUCAACGAGUUUGCCACAGAAGGUCUGCGAACCCUGCUCUACGGCUACCGCUUCCUCCACGAAUCCGAGUACCAGUCCUGGAAAAAAGGGUACCUCGACGCAACAACCAGUCUCGUGGACCGGACGCGGCUCAUCGAAGAAGCAGGUGAUGUGAUUGAACAAGACCUCGAUCUAUGCGCCGCUACCGCUAUUGAGGAUAAACUGCAGCAGGGCGUACCUGAGGCGAUUGACAAGCUGCGCAGGGCCAAGAUCAAAAUGUGGAUGCUGACAGGCGACAAGCGAGAAACCGCCAUCAACAUUGGCUACUCGUGCCGGCUCAUCAAAGAAUUCAGCGCCGUCACCGUUCUCGACCACGAAACCGGACUCGUCGAACAAGCCAUCAGCUCCGCCAGAACGGCCAUGACAGCCGGCACCGUCGCCCACUCCGUCGUAGUCGUAGACGGCCAAACGCUGUCUAAAAUCACAGACAACGACCUGCUCGACACACUGUUCCACGAACUCGCCAUCCUCGCCGACUCGGUCAUAUGCUGUCGCGCGUCCCCCAGCCAAAAAGCCCAACUCGUAAAGUCGAUCCGCAAACGCGUCAAGAAGUCAAUCACCCUCGCCAUCGGCGACGGCGCAAACGACAUCGCCAUGAUACAAGAAGCCCACGUCGGCAUCGGCAUCACGGGCAAAGAAGGUCUCCAAGCAGCCCGCACGUCAGACUACAGCAUCGCGCAGUUUAGGUUCCUCGUCAAGCUCCUGCUAGUGCAUGGCAGGUGGAAUUAUAUUCGCACGUGCAAGUAUACCGUCGGCACGUUCUGGAAGGAAUUGCUCUUCUACCUCACGCAAGCCUUGUUUCAAAUGAAGGUGGGUUAUACGGGUACUAGUCUGUAUGAGUCGUGGUCGUUGAGUAUGUUCAAUACGCUGUUUACUAGUUUACCCGUCAUCUUCAUGGGCGUGUUUGAAAAGGAUUUGAGCGCGAGUACGCUGUUGGCGGUGCCCGAGUUGUAUACGAUCGGGCAGCGCAACGGUGGUUUCAACUUUCGCGUUUAUCUCGCUUGGAUGUUCAUGGCGAGUGCGGAGGCCAUGGUGGUUUAUUACGUCAUGUUGGGGUUGUAUGGGGAUGCGGCGUGGACGGAGGAUAACUCCAUCUUUGCUCUUGGGAGUAUUACGUAUACGGCGGCGGUGUGGUUGAUCGCGUUGAAGAUGCAAUUCAUAGAAACGCAGUCCAAAACAGCGACAAACGCUGUCGCUCUCAUCUUGUCGAUUGGCGGCUGGUUCCUCUGGAACAUUAUCCUCUCCUCGUUGUACAAUCCCGAAAACAAAAUCUACUAUGUCCGCGACACCUUCUUGCGUGGUUUUGGCGCGAGUUGGUCUUGGUGGCUUGCUCUCGUGCUCAUCCUCCUCUCUGUCAUGGUGUUUGAGUUGGCGGUCAAGAGUGGUAUGGCGGCGUGGUGGACGAGCGAUGAAGAUGUUUUCCAGGCUCUGGAGAAGGAUGCUGGUGUUAAGCGCAGGUUUGAAGAGGCGGCGGCCGGGGAGCUGCAGCAGGGGUGGGAUAGGGAGAAGGGGAAGGGUGGGAAGGUGGGAAGUGAGGUUGGGCUGAGUGAGGUCGAGAGGGAGAAUGAGGAGAGGAGGAGGGAGGGAGAGAUUAAGGAUUUGAUUAGGAAUCGGGUGGAGGAUGGUGGUGCUGGGCCGCAGGAUGGUGGUGAUGUCAAUAGGAUGUUGAGUCGUGGGUUUGGGGAUGUGAAGACGACGUAG